AACAGGAACAGUACCUCUAGCCUGGUGCGGUCCACAUCACGCGGCAGCUUCACCCUGACUCUGUGUGUCACAGCCAGCAUGUCAUACGGGUACACCUAGAAACACACACACACACACACACUGUACUGUACUGUACUGUUUAACAACUCUUAUAUCAACGCUGUAACAUGCAUUAAAAUCAAUCUAAUGCUACAACGGAAAUCAAACUCACCUUGUACUCUGAGGAAGAUAGAGGAGGAUCAAGUCAGGACAAACACACACACACACACACACACACACACAGAGAUAAAAGGUUGUCAAUCUGGUGCUAACGUGCCAUCGGGAGCAACUUGGGGUUCAGUGUCUUGCCCAAGGACACUUCGGAAUGUGGAGUCACGUGGGCCGGGAAUCGACCCGCCAACCCUACGAUUAGUGGACGAUCCGCUCUACCACCUGAUCCACAGCCGCCCGCCUAUUAUAUAUUAUACUGUACCUCUCAUCGCCCCCCAGUUGGAGUCGUGCUCAUCCUCUCCAAGAUCAGCCGCCUAGAAAGGGCAGACAGAAAAGAAAAAUAAAAGUCAUGAAAACCAUCUCCCAGAGGUUCCUCUUUCAUUUCCUGAGGUCAAAGGUCACGGAUUAAUGUAAACACAGGCUUUAACGUCUGAUUGGCGAGCUGUUAUUUCAGCUCCAUCGCUAGUUUUCGCUCAACUUCAAACUGCCCAGUUAAGAAAUAACCGUGUGAGACAGGACACUGAAAUGGACCGUGGGUGCUAAAACUUUCCAAAAGACUAGCUUUCUCAAUCCUGAACCUUUGGUACAGGUGCAUGAAAAAAAAAUGUAAUGUUUAAAAGGAAGGACAAGCGUACAGUAUGAUCCGGCUUGACAUGUUAUGAGAGAAAUGCAUGGGAUUAAGCGAACGAAUUUAUACUGCAAAUAAAACCGAAACAUCUUUAAAGUUUGUGAUUUUUGGUGACGUCUUAAAGGCGACUACGUAGUCACGUCACCGGAAAUUCAUUAUCAGUGUCCCGAUGUGUAGUGAGUCAGGGUCCUUAGCAGUGCCCCGACUCGUGUACACCAUAUACCGACUCAAAUUUGAGAAAAUGUCCGGGAUUCUGCUUUAGUCUCGUUAUGAUGUGUUUACGCUCUAAGACUGCAUCACGUCUGCGCAUAUUUGCAUUGCUUCAACCCCUCUCUGAAAUUCCCGCUGUAGGAAUACAGAUUUAACAUCACGGUAACUGAAGCUAUCACCUUUUGUCUGUGACGGCUCUUGGUGCACCUGUUCCAUUCCUUACAUUGGUGGCCAUAGUUCAUGAUCAUCACCACCUGUGUUCAGUGUAAAUGCAAUGGCCUAGGUGUGGACUUUUCUUUACCUCUAUGAUCAUGAAGCUGUAUAUUCUGUAUACACACACACUACCGGUCAAAAGUUUAGACACUCAUUCUUUAUUAGUAUUAUUUCCCCACAUUUUAGAAUAAUAAUAAAGUCAUCAAAACUCUGGAGUAACACGGAUGGAACGAUGGGAAUUAUGUUGUGAUAAAAAAUGCCAAAUAAAUCGAAAUAAUUUAAUAUUUAGGCGUCUUCAAAGUAGACGCUCUUUUUGUCUAGAAUUUCCAGAAAUGUAUUCUUGGCGUUUUCUCGAGCGAUUUCUUGAGGGAUUUCCCCGAGAUGAUUUUUAAACAGGGUUAAAGGAGUCCACACUGACGCCGGACUCUUACCGGCUGCUUUUCGGAAAAUAUUUCGCCCCGAGUCGUCCGUUUAAACAAAUAUUUUUGUAAAUAAAAUGUUGCUUUAGUCUAAUGAAAGAAAUGAAUACGUCGGCGCGAUUAUAUUUUUGUCUACGACACCAAUUUCACACGUUUACUCACACACCUUCAGAUCAAAAGGUUUUUAACAUCAUGAAUAUAUAUAUUAUAUAUAUAUAUUCACACAAAUACAAAGAGUAAUACUUAAUUAUGUCAAAGUAGCAAGAUUAGAUAAUAGAAUUAAAAUUUAUACAGCAUAAGAAUUUUAAUUAUAUUAUUCAUAUUUAUUAUUUUAUUUUUUCGUAUUAUUUUGUUUCCUUCCUAUUUGAUGCGUGAUGCUUCACUCUCCAGGCCAGUAGGUGGCGGUAAUAACACACAAGUCGGUCUGUCCUAAAAUCGUACUAGAAGAAGAAGAAGAAGCAGUAGCAGGAAGAGGAGAAGAAGAAGAAGCUCCAGCUCCAGCAGCGGGAAGCUUCAACGCUCCAGCUGAGCGGCUCCUGUGUGCAGGUUGUAGUUAAUGGCCGGUUCUGAAGGGAAAGAUGGCGAAAGCGACCAGCAGAACAGUAAACUCGCUCCAGGAGAAGAUGGAGGAAUGUGUUCGGCGUGAAAGCGACGAGUCCGGGGAGGAGGUUUCCGAAGUAAACAGUGAUGAAUGCGAUAUUGACUCCGAGGCAGAGGCCAUAUUUCUGGAGGAAGACAUUAUUCUCGGCGGUCAAUCAUCCGAUGUGGACUCGGACAUGGAGCGGAAGCCGGAUACUUCUUCACCACUCAACAAGCGUCCACGUAGAGUGGAGCAGCGGGACCACACGUCGUUAGGAGACGAGUCCCGUCCCCGGACUCCUCCGAGAGGUUCCGCCAGCAGGAGAAGAACGAGGAGUAAAGGGAAAGCGAGAGAGAAAAGGAAAGGCAGCGGCAUGUCCGGGGAGAGAUGGAACGACGUCGACGUUCCAGACGUAACGCCACAACAGCCCACCUUCAGACCCGCCAAUUCACCAGGACCCCAGCUCAUACGUACAGCCAUGUACACCGCCAUGGAGCUUUUCCAGCUCUUCUUUAGCACCUCUGUUUUACACAGAAUCAUUCAGAACACGAACGACUUCGGCUCGAGUCGCGGCUCGACCCUCGCCAGCCCGUGGACGGAUCUGACGCUGGAGGAAAUGUUUUCCUUCAUGUCCGUGCUCAUCUACAUGGGUAUAGUAAAAUGCUCCUCCUUUACCGAUUACUGGCGAGGGGGUAAACUCUACAGCUUGCCGUUCCCAAAGCAGCUAAUGACCGGGAAGAGGUUCCUCACAAUCUGCCAGACCUUCCAUCUCAGUAGCGUUGCAGACGACGCUGCUAACGAGGAAAAGAGAGGCACGGCAGCCUUCGAUCGUCUCUGCAAGGUAAAGCCGCUCUACCAGGAGAUCAGGGACGCCUGCAGAAGGAACUAUCAUCCGGGCCAGGACAUCUCCAUCGACGAGAGGAUGGUUGCCUCUAAAGCCCGCAUCGGGAUCAAACAGUACAUGAAGAACAAGCCCGUUCGCUGGGGAUAUAAACUCUUCGUUCUGGCGGACUCCAGGAACGGUUACACCUGGGACUUUUUUAUCUACGAGGGAAAGCCCAAGGCAGACAGUGGCAAGGGGUUCGCUUAUGACGUGGUCAUGGAGCUAAUCGACACGCACUCGCUGGGCACCGGAUACAAGCUCUUCGUUGACGCUUUCUACACAAGUCCUACGCUUUUCCGCGACCUCCUUCGGAAGAAGAUCUGGUCGUGCGGAACCAUCCGGGCGACCAGUUCCGGAUUCCCGAAAGGGAAAGACAACGGUCUGGACUCGAAAUCUCCCCGUGGCACCAUACGCUGGAUCAGGAAGGACUCCCUUCUCUUUCUCCAGUGGAGAGACACGAGGGACGUCUCCCUGUGUUCGACACUGCACGCGGCGCACGGGAAGGACACGGUGCAAAGGAGGGCCAAAGGUCCAGACGGGCGCUGGGCGGUGAAGGACAUCCCAAUUCCACCGGUGGUGAAGGAGUACAACCAGUGCACGGGUGGAGUGGACCUCUCGGACGCCCUGAUGGGGUACUAUAGAAUCCUCCACAAGACCCAGAAGUGGUACAAGACGUUCUUUUAUCAUUUCAUGGACAUCGCGAUCGUGAACGCCUUCAUCCUCCACAAAGAACUGGCGAAAGGUAAAGGAGAGGUACCGAUGCACCAGAAGGCGUUCAGAGAGACCCUUGCUGAGGAGCUGGCGGAGUUUGGGUGUCGCCCUACAGGCAGACCCGUGUGUCCCGUUCCAUCCAGAGCGCAUCACAGGCCGGUGCACAUCAGUGGAGACAGCACCGCCGGCCGGCUGAAGUGCAGACACUGCCACGCAAAGACACCAGUCAAGUGCUCGUCCUGUGAGGUGCCGUUGUGCUUCGUCCCCAGUCGUGACUGCUACAACGACUGGCACGCUGCCAAAAACCUAUAAAACUGGAUGUAAAUAUGUCGUGGAGAAAGAAAAACGUAUGUAAAUAGCUAAAUAAACCGCUUUACUUUUCCAUAACACUCAUUCGUUUCGAGUCUUUUUUUUUUUUAACUGACGAUCGCUCUAAUUGCUCCCUUUCGUUAGCGCUCAAGACUAUGACUGUACGUCAAAGCGUUCACGAGUACUGGGCUUUUUCUCCUAGGUGUGUCUCCAUGGUUACCGAGGGUCCUUUGGCGUCUCCUAAAAGUGAUUCUGAUUUUGGAAAAUACCUGGACGGACCCUCGGAAAAUGUGUAACGUGUGUAAAAUCUGAACUUGAACUCGGACUAGGUAAGGCUGUGGUCCUAGUGUGUGUGUGUGUGUGUGUGUGUGUGUGUGUGUGUGUGUUCAGGUGACAGCUCCCAGUUGUGGUCAUCUGCAGGCAUCCGCAUGCAAGAUACAAUACAAUAAAAAACCUACAGGGCUCGUAGAGUGGAUAAAUAACGCCUCGCUAAAACCUUUAAAGUGUUUCUUUUCCAUAGAACACGAUUACAACGGAUAUAUCCUUUCAGUUAAAAUAUAACACCCCGCUGCUGCAGGUACAUCUGUCUCUCUCGCUGUCUGUCUCUCUGUCUGUCCCUGUCUGUCUUUUUCUCUGUCUGUGCUUCCUGAGGCGAUCGCUAUCUUAUUUCCGCUUUAUUGAGAACGCAGC